UCCUGUUGGUUGGAUUCAACUCAUUCGCCAUUUUGAUUCUGCCGAGUAGGACCGACACCAUCCAGGAAAGUUGCAGCAGUAGACCAGCGACGUAAACAACCGCUCCGAACACGCUCUCGACAGAUAAUCAAGAUCACAAUGAGUGGCUGUCGUGUCUUCAUUGGCCGUUUGAGCCCACAUGCAAGAGAGAGAGAUGUGGAGAAGUUUUUUAAGGGAUAUGGAAGGAUUCGGGAAAUCAACUUGAAAAAUGGCUUUGGCUUUGUGGAAUUUGAUGACCACAGAGAUGCAGACGAUGCUGUUUAUGAGCUGAAUGGCAAAGAGCUGUGUAGUGAAAGGGUCACGAUUGAGCAUGCUCGUUCCAGAAGAGGAGGAGGAAGAGGUGGUGGACCUGGAAUGGGACGUUUCAGCAGCUAUCGGCCAUCUCGUAGCAGUGGAUCCAGGUAUGGCCCUCCUGUUCGAACUGAUCACAGACUGGUUGUAAAGAACCUCUCUUCACGGAUUAGCUGGCAGGAUCUGAAAGACCUGAUGAGAAAAGCAGGAGAAGUUACGUUUGUGGACGCUCACAGACCCACCAAAAAUGAAGGGGUGGUAGAGUUUGCAUCCCGCAGUGAUAUGAAGAAUGCAAUCUCCAAGCUCGAUGGAACAGAACUGAACGGACGCAAACUGAAGAUCUAUGAAGACAGCAGAAGUCACAGCAAGAGCCGCUCCCGUUCCCGCAGCUACUCCCGCUCCAAGAGUCGUUCCCGAAGCCGCAGUCGCAGCCGCAACCACUCCAGGAGCCGCUCCAGGUCCAUGAGCCGCACCCCUGAAAAGAAGACAUCAGGAGGGACCAAGGCUGCCACCAGAUCCCUCUCACGGUCCAAGUCUCGCUCUAGGUCUCGCUCCAGAUCUCGCUCCCGUUCACCUGCUCCUGUUCAGAACAAACCAUCUCGCUCCCCAUCCCGGUCCAGAUCUCGCUCUCGAUCCAGGUCCAGGUCUAGGUCCAGAUCUCGCUCCGCCUCAGCAGACAGCAAACACUGAGCUUAGUCCACCUGUAGGUCAUAUGAUGAGACUGAUAUGUGCUCACCAUAUGCUUGUAUGGUGAUGUUGGUGGCGUGAUUUUUUUUUUAAUAUAUUUUUUUUCCCAUAUUUGUUUUAAAUGAAGGGGAUGAAAUUACCUUUUCACAUUUUUGAUAUGCCCUUGAGUCAUUAAUGUUAUUAAUGUGGCGCUUCAGUUUCGAUUUGUUACUUUUUUUCUUUUUUUUCUUUUUUUUUAUGUGCUUCCGUGGGGGAAAAAGAUUUGUUUCCCAGUUAAAUAAUCAAGAAGUAAAAUUCCCUCAUUUGAUAGCCCCAACGUAGAAUGAGACAAAUAUGAAACAUUUUCCACCGGUCAUGGUGCCUGAACCAGGUUAUAUAAUGUAUAGAGAAGUGUUGUGGACUGUCCCAGCUAUCUGCCACGUAAUGAUUCCAUCCACUCCCCUCUGCUUUACCUGACAGCUUAACGUCGGGUUGGAAAUCCUGAUGAAUACACCUGUAAUGCAAACUCCUUGCAUUGUUGUGAAACUGUGAUUAAUCUUCUGAUGAGGCACUAUAAUAGGUCCUGCAUAUGUUGCAAUCACUGCCCUGAUGGUGAGUUUCUAGUUGAAAACAUCUCAGUUGGUGAUUUAUGUCAGAUUUCUAGUGUAACGGUAUUAAUUUCAAAGUCUGGCAUUAGUUUUGACAUUUGUUUUACACUGUUUUAUCAAGGCCUUGUGUGUCUAAUGUUGGUGAAUCAUUUUCAUUUAUUUUCUUUAUCUUCAGCCUUGGCCUAUUGGAUGUUGUCAUUUCAACAGUAACAAAUGUCUCUUAUUCACUUUGAUUUGAUACUAAUAAAAACAUUGUUUACUAUGUA